ACUUCAAAAUCCGGGUCAGAGGGUGUCGCUUCGUUUUCUUCUCCCCGGCUGAUCCCGGCACCCUCCGUGACAGCGCCUCCUGACUCAGCCUGGGGCCGGCUUUUCACCACCUGCCGGAGGCUGGACGCCCACACCUGACUCGGAGCCCGGAGGCUCGCGUCCUCCCCGCACCGGCUCGCAGCCCGGGUCCCUGAGCGCCCGCCGACGCCGCCGAGGGGGCCCGGGCUGGCUCCUCCGCGCUGAUGCUAAGAGGGAUCGAGGGCCCGGGGCGGCGGCGGAAAACCGGCCUCUGGCGCCUUAGGCCAGCCGCAGGUGUCGGUUCUUACGCUCUCCAGGCUCGCCAGCUCCCGCCCCGGCUUGGAUGGGUCUCCCCGCCCGAUAAAUGUGGCUGCUGAGGCGGCGGUGUUGGUGGCCCUUCACGCUGCUGCUGCGGCGCUCCAAGCUCACCUCCGCCCCGGGGCUCUCCUGCCCCACCUCUGGGCUGCCGCCACCGGCUCCUUAUCCCCUGGCCCUGGCCUUGCAGCGUGGCGACAAUGGACAAGAUCCUGGAGGGCCUGGUGAGUUCCUCGCAUCCGCUGCCCCUCAAGCGGGUGAUUGUGCGGAAGGUGGUGGAAUCGGCGGAGCACUGGCUAGACAAGGCGCAGUGCGAGGCCAUGUUUGACCUGACGACCCGGCUCAUCCUGGAGGGCCAGGACACUUUCCAGCGGCAGGUGGGGCACCAGGUGCUGGAGGCCUACGCACGGUACCACCGGCCAGAGUUCGAGUCCUUCUUCAACAAGACCUUCGUGUUGAGCCUCCUUCAGCAGGGCUACCACUCUCUGGACAGGAAGGACGUAGCCAUCCUGGACUACAUUCACAACGGCCUGAAGCUGAUUAUGAGCUGUCCGUCGGUGCUGGAUCUCUUCAGCCUCCUGCAGGUAGAGGUGUUACGGAUGGUGUGUGAGAGGCCAGAGCCGCAGCUCUGUGCCCGACUAAGCGAUCUUCUGACCGACUUCGUGCAAUGCAUCCCCAAGGGGAAAUUGUCCAUCACCUUCUGUCAGCAGCUGGUUCGAACGAUAAGCCACUUCCAGUGCGUGUCCACGCAGGAGAGAGAGCUGCGGGAAUAUGUCUCCCAGGUGACAAAAGUGAGUAACUUGCUGCAGAACAUCUGGAAGGCCGAGCCUGCCACCCUACUGCCUUCCCUGCAAGAAGUUUUUGCAAGCAUCUCUUCCACAGAUGCAUCAUUUGAACCUUCUGUAGCAUUGGCAAGCCUUGUGCAGCAUAUUCCUCUUCAGAUGAUUACCGUUCUCAUCAGGAGCCUUACUACAGAUCCAAAUGUAAAAGAUGCAAGUAUGACCCAAGCCCUUUGCAGAAUGAUUGACUGGCUGUCCUGGCCAUUGGCUCAGCAUGUGGAUACAUGGGUAAUUGCACUCUUGAAAGGACUGGCAGCUGUCCAGAAGUUUACUAUUUUGAUAGAUGUUACUUUGCUGAAAAUAGAACUGGUUUUUAAUCGACUUUGGUUUCCUCUUGUGAGACCUGGUGCUCUUGCAGUUCUUUCUCACAUGCUGCUUAGCUUUCAGCAUUCUCCAGAGGCGUUCCACUUGAUUGUUCCUCAUGUGGUUAAUUUGGUUCAUUCUUUCAAAAGUGAUGGUCUGCCUUCCAGCACAGCCUUCUUAGUGCAAUUAACAGAAUUGAUACACUGUAUGAUGUAUCAUUAUUCUGGAUUUCCAGAUCUCUAUGAGCCUAUUCUGGAGGCAAUAAAGGAUUUUCCUAAACCCAGUGAAGAGAAGAUUAAGUUAAUUCUCAAUCAAAGUGCCUGGACUUCUCAAUCCAAUUCUUUGGCAUCUUGCUUGUCUAGACUUUCUGGAAAAUCUGAAACUGGGAAAACUGGUCUUAUUAACCUAGGCAAUACAUGUUAUAUGAACAGUGUUAUACAAGCCUUGUUUAUGGCCACAGAUUUCAGGAGACAAGUGUUAUCUUUAAAUCUAAAUGGGUGCAAUUCAUUAAUGAAAAAAUUACAGCAUCUUUUUGCCUUUUUGGCUCAUACACAGAGGGAAGCAUAUGCACCUCGGAUAUUCUUUGAGGCUUCCAGACCUCCAUGGUUUACUCCCAGAUCACAGCAAGACUGUUCUGAAUACCUCAGAUUUCUCCUUGACAGGCUUCAUGAAGAAGAAAAGAUCUUGAGAGUUCAGUCCUCGCACAAGGCUUCUGAAAUUCUAGAAUGUGAAACUUCUUUACAGGAAGUAACUAGUAAAACAGCUGUACUAACAGAGACCCCUUGUACAAGUGAUGGUGAGAAGACUUUAAUAGAAAAAAUGUUUGGAGGAAAACUACGAACUCACAUAUGUUGUUUGAACUGCAGGAGUACCUCACAAAAAGUGGAAGCCUUUACAGAUCUUUCCCUUGCCUUUUGUCCUUCCUCUUUGGAAAACAUGUCUUUCCAAGAUACAGCGUCAUCACCCAGUACACAAGACGGUGGUCUAAUGCAAGCCACUGUACCCAGUCCUUCAGAAGAACCAGUAGUUUAUAAUCCAACGACAGCUGCCUUUAUCUGUGACUCAGUUGUGAACGAAAGAACCAUAGGCAGUCCUCCUGAUGAGUUUUACUGUUCCGAAAACACUUCUGUCCCUAAUGAAUCUAACAAGAUUCUUGUUAAUAAAGAUGUACCUCAGAAACCAGGAGGUGAAACCACACCUUCAGUAACUGACUUACUAAAUUAUUUUUUGGCUCCAGAGAUUCUUACUGGCGAUAACCAAUAUUAUUGUGGAAACUGUGCCUCUCUGCAGAAUGCUGAGAAAACUAUGCAAAUCACGGAGGAACCGGAAUACCUUAUUCUUACUCUGCUGAGAUUUUCAUAUGAUCAGAAGUAUCAUGUGAGAAGAAAAAUUUUAGACAAUGUAUCACUGCCACUGGUUUUGGAGUUGCCAGUUAAAAGAACUACUUCUUUCUCUUCAUUGUCAGAAAGUUGGUCUGUAGAUGUUGACCUCACUGAUAUUAGUGAGAACCUUGCUAAAAAAUUAAAGCCUUCAGGGACUGAUGAAGCUUCCUGCACAAAAUUGGUGCCCUAUCUAUUAAGUUCUGUUGUGGUUCACUCUGGUAUAUCCUCUGAAAGUGGCCAUUACUAUUCUUAUGCCAGAAAUGUCACAAGUAGAGAGUCUUCAUAUCAGAUGUGCCACCAAUCUGAAGCUCUGGCAUUAGCAUCCUCCCAGAGUCAUUUACUAGGGAGAGAUAGUCCCAGUGCAAUUAUCGAACAGGAUUUAGAAAAUAAAGAAAUGUCAAAAGAAUGGUUUUUAUUUAAUGACAGUAGAGUGACAUUUACUUCAUUUCAGUCAGUCCAGAAAAUUACAAGUAGAUUUCCAAAGGACACAGCUUAUGUGCUUUUGUAUAAAAAACAGAAUAGUACUAAUGGCUUAAGUGGUAAUAACCCAACCAGUGGACUCUGGAUAAAUGGAGACCCACCUCUACAGAAAGAACUUAUGGAUGCUAUAACAAAAGACAAUAAACUAUAUUUACAGGAACAAGAGUUGAAUGCUCGAGCCCGAGCGCUACAAGCUUCAUCUGCUUCUUGUUCAUUUCGGCCCAAUGGAUUUGAUGACAAUGACCCACCAGGAAGCUGCGGACCAACUGGUGGAGGGGGCGGAGGAGGAUUUAAUACAGUUGGCAGACUCGUAUUUUGAUCCUUAGAGAGUCCAAAAUGCACUGGUCACGAAACGUCUAAUACUAUGACUGUUAAAAUGUCAGACUAUAACAAAUAUCUAUCUUUUAUUUUUCAUUAGACCCUUAUACUUCAAGAGAACACACUCAGUGCUUGUUUUUAUUUUCUUGACACAUUUAUUAACAAAAUGCAUCAUGGAAAAAAAAAAUCUACCUCUUAAAUUCCAUUUGCUUUUAUGGUUAGACAUGCUUGACCAAAAACGUUCAGAAGAAAAUAUGUACCCGGUCCCUAAUUAAGCUGCAUUAAAUUUGGUAGAAGCAUUUAAAUGGUCUAUCUUCGGUUUUACUGAAUAAAAAAUGUAAUUUAUUUAGCAUUCUUUAUAAAAGAAUUGAUGCUAGAGGUAAGAAAAUAAUUGUUUUUUAAAAAAUCCUUCAUGUCUUGUGUAAUUACCCCAUUCAAUAUUAAAUUCAAGUCUUUGAAAAUCAACUAGAGAUGAUAAAAUCUCUAAAGAAGGCAAUAACAAAAUUUAUCAAGAUAUAGUACUUUUCCUUUUUUGUUUAGUGUCUUCAGCAUCACUGUAUCUGCAUUUUAAGUGCAAAUGUUUUUAAAAAGGAUUCUUUAGACAUAUGUGCUGAAUUGAUUUUAAGAAAGUUGCAUGAUCCUGUAGGAGCAACAUUUUUACCUAAAAAAUGCUAACUUUGUAGUAUUUCUAAUUGUUCAAGGAUUUUAAAAUUCUAUUUCAGGGAGUAUAUCUUCUGUGUGUUUUGAAGGAGGUGAGUUCUGUAUGUGCCUUGCAGUACUGUAAUUCAAAAAUAGGAAUCUUUGGCUGCAAAAUGUUUUUUUAAAAAUGAAAUGUUAGGAAGUAAUUUUUGUGCUAACAUUAAAAUUAUAACUUUUGAAAGGAAUUAGAUUUUCCAGAAGUAAAAUCUGAUCGUUCUAAAUCAAUGAGUGUGAUAGUUCAUUUUUAACUCUCAGAAGAAUUCAGAGUAAAUGAAUCCAGCUAAGUAAAAAAUCUUUCUUGAUUUUGUUACUUAUUCCUCAGAAUAUUAAACAUUGAUCACAUAUUUUUAGAGUU